AUGGAUUCAAAAAGAGAUCACUGUAAUAAGACUGUAGAAAUAUAUGAAGAUGUAUCAUCUCCGCCGGUGACACCAGAAAACUUCGGAAGAUCCCUCACUUGUACAUAUAGGUUUAGAGCUUUCCGAGGGUCACCGAAGGACUGGAUACUAAGGAUACGGUUCAAGAAAUUCAAAGUCGGCACUCUUAUAAAUGGGACUACGUGUCAUAAAGGAUAUAUGCAGAUAGUAGACGGCAACGCAAAAACCGACGUCUCCAACAGAAAAGAACCCGGUCUCUUUUGCGGAGAGAUUGAACAGCCGCAGACCUUCAUUUCGGAGACCAACUUCGUGAAGAUCGUCUUCCACGCUGACAACUUCACCGAUCAGACGUAUUUCAGUUUUGACUCAAGAGCGGAGCAGCAGUUCGAAGUAUACCUGCGCUACGGCCAGCAUCCAGAACUGUAUCCCAACAGGCGCGGAGAAGUUGUAGCGGGAUCGUACUGCGAGCGUGUGUUCCGGGAUUGUCGCCUUCAAACCUGCUAUGUCCAGUCAGCUGCGUAUCCUGGCGUGUAUCCCAGGAAUCUACACUGCAGAUAUCACCUGAACACCCGCCUGCCUUACAUAAAGCUGUACAUAGAGAACGAAGAGUUCAACAUAGACGGACAACGGUGCGAGAAUAUUAUGACAUGUCCAAUGCGGCCUAUCACUUCAGGUCCAGAAAACUGUCCAUACGACUACAUAAGGAUAUACGACGGCAAAGAUGAAUCGGCGUCCGUGAUCGGAACUUUCUGCGGCAUGGGAAAGUUCCCCUACUCCAUUAUCGGCACGUCGCAGGACUUGUUUGUGGAGUUCAUCAGUUCACCUGCGGGUCCAUUACUGAACACCGGCUUUCAUUUCAACGUGGGCAACUGGCCUGGGCACGUGGAAGCCCCUGGCUCGAAGAUCGGCAACUGCGACUGGCUUUUGACCGCUGAGUCACUGAAGAAGUCUGGAGACACUGAAGGCAUAUUCCUGUCGGUCGCUCACUGGUACCCUCCUCAUACGUCCUGCACAUACUUGAUGCAGGGUUUCCCUGGACAAGUCGUCAGGCUGUAUUUUCCAAGUUUCCGCAUAAACCGCAUCGAAUCACCCAUCGUGCCUUGGACGGGAGACUGUGGGGAAUCUCUCACCCUAUACGACGCCGCCAGACCGGAUGACGCGAAGAUCAUAAAGACCUUCUGCGACACAUUCAGCAGACCUAUGGAGAAGCAUGACUUCGUGUCUACGGGCAACGCCAUGUUCGUGAGAUUCGAGAGCAAGACUGGAAGUUAUAGCGGGUCAUCUUUAUACUACUGGGCGCAUUACGACUUCUUCAACAACACAAGAUUCGGAGAACCAAUACCUAACACCGCUUGCGACGAGGUCAUAGCCUCGUGGAAGCAGAGAGCUGGACGUCUAAGGUCUCCCCUCAAUACCCUGGUCUACAAACAGGCGCCACCGGGAGAAGAUGUCCACUGCUUGUACAGAUUAGUGACGGAUAAGAGAAUUUACGCGAGGGUUAUCUUGACCAUUUUCAGCGUCAACUUUAAGGAACAUCCGUACACACCUGUAACUUGUCAAAACUGUUACGAAGAUAGAGCUGAUAAAUUGAUAAUCUGGGAACCAUUCCAAGGUGGCAAACUUACGAAUACAUCGUUGGGUAUAACCACAACACCGUUGCCUUUACAUCUAGCGGUGCAAAGAUCUCUUGGUUCCUGCCUUUGUGCUAAACACGCUAAUUCCGUAACCCGAGCACGACCUUAUAGAGUAGUAUCGUCGGGAGAAACUCUAAACCUGCAACUCAUAGUUGAUAAUGCUCAUGCAGCAGCAUCAUACUUCAAAAAUCCAUCACCGCUGUUCGAAGCAAGAUAUGAAUUCGUACACGGUCCUUUAUGUGGCCCACCAGUUCUAGCUGCAGCUUUAGAUGGAGAAAUUGUAUACCCCCACUUAGAAGCAUUAGGGUAUACUGAACCUCCAAAAAGAAUUCAAUGCAUCUGGGACUUAGAAAUAGAGGAGAAGAGAGAUAUUUGGCUACAUUUUGACAGCAUUAAAUUUGCUUCACGCCAUUGCGACGAUGGCAACAUUCAAAUUUAUCUGCCAGGACGUAUUGAACCGUAUUUAUCGGUUUGUGGAGAAAACGUUUCUUUAGCUAAAGAGCUACCAAUCUUAUCGGCUGGAGAGUUAGGGUUUGAGUCCUUGGACGACCCACUAGUAAUGGAAAAGGAAAAAACCAGAUCCAUUAGAAUAGUUUUCAUCGGUAGUGCGUCUCCGGCACGUGCUACUUUCAAAAUCGCUUGGACUGGUCUUUAUCAUUUGCCCAAAAAUUCAGAUGGGACGUUAAUGACUUCGCGUUUGAUUGAAGGUGGUUCUGCUAUUUCUAAUUCUGGUCAUGGAUGCGAUUUUAUUUGUCCAGGUGAAGAAGCACUUUGUAUUCCAGCAAGGCUUAUUUGUAAUGGUGUCAUCAACUGUCCUAAUAUAACUUCAAGUGAGAGAAAGUUCUGGACAGCAGAAGAAAAAAACGCAAGGGAAGCUUACUCGGAAGACAGUUUGCGUCGUCUUGGUUAUUUAGAUUUGCUGAGUGGUAUUGCUCUUGGCCAGCUUCAUGAUGAGGCACCAGAAUUGUGUGCUGGAGCAAGAAGUCAAAGAGGUGGUGAUUGGUUGGCUCCAGUACUAGGAGCGGUUUUAGCUAUUGCUAUUGGAGCGUGUGCUUUAGCAGCUGCUUGGCGCCUUUGCUGCCGCAAGCGAUCUCCUGACGAGGAAUCUUUGGAUUACUGACAUGCGGCCCGCGGUGCUCCGCAUGCGCCGCCAACACUACAUUCUAGAUCCUCUUCAAGAGAUCUUCAUUUAGAUUGGAGUCUGCAUUGACAGUCGCUUUACUGAGCGCCAGAGCCCUCAUUUGUUAAAUUCUAAGGGACUUAUGAUCAUAAAACGAAUCUUUUGGAUAAAUGCACGAACGUAUUGAUAUUUUGUAGGAUGAUUUUUAUCGACUUAACUACGAUUUUAUACUUUGUUAUUAGCUAUAAAAUCUUAACUGAAUACGAUAUUAUUACUCUUAUGACAAAAUUAGACGGUUCAUUUCUCGUUAUAUAAACGAUGCCACUUCGAAUAUUAACAAAAUAAUUCAGCUUUAUUAUGGUUUAAGUUGCUAACUUCAAAAUGAUUGUUGUUGACCGGUCAUUAUUGUUUAUUUGCUACGAAUGAACCGUAUAAUUUAUUAAACUGCACUAUGCAGUACAUCGUCGAAAUAGGAUAUAUAAUUGUGAAAAAUAUUGGUUCCUUUUUCUUCACUUUCAUUGAUUGCAAUAGCCACCUCCGGUUCUUCUAUUUUUACUUCUUCGAUUUUUAUGAGGGUUUAAUCUAAGGCGCUCAAACCUGUUGUUUUAUAAUUAGUGUAUAUAGAUACUCUAACAUAGUAAUCCCUACAUUUAAUGGAUGCUUCAACGGAAUGAUUAUAGGUUAGUGACAAGGUGAUAGUAGUCGUAUAUUUUAAGUAUUUAUCAGAAUAGAGGUUGAUCAUUUUAUAAGUUAAUCGCAGAUAUCGAAUGUGCAUGUCUUUCGUGGAGCUGACUUAUUCAGUUGCCUUUUUUUAAUAAUACUGCUGUAAACUGGGAUCUAGCACUUCUUGUGACGCCGCUUAUGAGACGUUAGCGCCUGUAUUACAUAUUUUGGGCGUGUAAGAUCAAGUUUACUAUGUGUAUUCCCAAAUUUUCACUACACCGUAUUCACACUAUACAAAUGUCAUUGAAAAAAAACAUUAAGUCGA